CGCCGCCACCCUAACUACCGCAGCUACCUUCUCCUUCUUCUCCUCUCUUUUAAACACUGAACCAGUAGAACACAUCCCCUGUCUCUCUCGUUCUUUCUCGUUCGCAGAACAAAUCAAGCUCAAGCUCCUGUUCUCUUCGUCUCAGGUGAGCUCCAGCGCGCCGGCGCCACCUGUAGCAGUGUCUGUCCCCACCACCGCCACGCCUCUCUCUCCUUUUAUUCCCACUCAGUUCUGGCUCGCAUAUCUUUUCAGCGCCGCAACCAUCAUCUCCUCCAGUCAAUGCUUCCAGAUAGAAAGAAAGCAAAAAGAAAAAGAUAUUGAAGGUGAAGGUGUAUGCGGACCGCAUGUCCCAACCAUCUCGUGUCGUUCUUAUCUUCUGCAAAGUUAAUGGAAUAGAAUUCGACGAGAUUAAAGUUGAAAUCUCCAAAAGACAGCAGUUAUCUCCCGAAUUUGCAGCUAUCAACCCUUUCAAGAAACUCCUUGCUAUUGUUGAUGGAAGGUUCAAGCUAUUCGAGAGUCACGCAACUCUUAUCUAUCUUGCUUCUGCCUUUCCUGGUAUUGCUGAUCAUUGGUUGGUAUUAUCCCCUUUUCACUUAUUUAAUCACAAUAAUUUUCUUAUGACUCCACAGAUAUGUGAAUGACCACAGCGUUAGGUACUUGGUUGUCACAUCUGCGU